AUGGAUUCCUUAUUGCUUGCCUUCGGUGAGUUCGGGGACGCGCUGGCGAUCGUCAAGCUCUACGGCCCCUUCUUACUCGCUGCGGUCUUUUUCGUCUGGCGCGAUUACAAACGCGAAGACCGUCUCUCCAAGCGAAUCAACACGCUGGAGGACGAACAACGGAACAUCAUUAUUCCGUUGGUCAAACAGUGCUCGUCGGUGAUUGCUGAAAACACGGUGGUGAUGCAGCGAUUGGAGAAGAACACGCUUUACCGGAUGAAGCGCAACUACGGCGCGACCAUUGAUAUCUACAAGCUGAUCAGUACGGACACGAACGUAAGGACCGGGAAGAAGACCGUUGUUCGUGACGUGACUCGUAUCCGCCGUGCUCCGGUACUCCCGGGUUUGCAGAAGCGGAUUGUGAAUCAGUCCAUCUCACUGAUAUCUGCCAACAAGCAGAUGGUGAUGGGUGGGACGUACGACAUGUCCCGUCGCCGUUUCAUUGUCGAUCGUCGAGACGCCCCCGAGCUUCCCGAACUAGGGACGGACGAUUGGGUCGUUUACGACCAUCGUAAAUGGCAGAUCGAAUCGGUCGAGGAAUUUGAAGUCCACGCUGGCUGGGUGAUCACCGGCCGUGAGUUGGUCGGUGAAGUCCCCGACGAGAUUCUUCAGCUUUCCGCAGACCAUCUUCUGGUGCUGGGCUCCACGGCCAGCGGGGACAACGACAUCCCCGUCAUCGUGGAGCAUUUGCAUGAACGCAGUGCUGCGUUCAUGCAGGCUGAUGACCGGGUGGAAAUCCGGAUUACCGGCCCGGUGACUGAAGAACUGAGCAAAGGCUAUCACCGUCUACUCGUGGACGUGAAUGUUCUGCUGACCAGUCGCUAUGGCGGUAUUCAGAAGAACGGAUAUCAAAUCAUCACCAACGCCGGGCUUUUCCAUACAGCCCUCAGCCAGUCGAUCCCGGUCUGGAACUAUGGGGACGAGUCGGGUGAUUACCAGGAAGGUGAUCCCGAAUCUCAAAUCUUUCUCGGGUGUCUGCAACCUGCGCGUGCAGUCAAGGUCUAUCACUUCGGUCAGAACGACAAGACUGACAAGUUGAAGCAGACGAUCGUGGACGGUCUUUCGGGAACGGCUGCGUUGACGGACUCGCCCCCGAUGAUGAGCGACUCCGAUCUCGACCUGGAUGAUAUCGUGUUGAACACGGAUAUCACCACCAAGGUCCCGAUUGGUGCUCGAUUCACCGUCGCUGGCGAAACGGGUACUCCGGUGCAUGUGGUCACCGGUCGCACCAACUCCAUGGACACCACGACCAACAUUGAAUUCUCGCCUCCGUUAGGGGCGGGGACGUACAUGGAGAACGACGUCAUCACCUUCUUGCCCAAUCAGUUGGACAUCAAGGUUGGUGACGGCGAUAUCACGUACACGGAAGCCGACGAAUACUUGUAUGACCUCGAUCGGGACGAACUGGACACGGUCCGCAAGGGCCAGGACCAGCCGAUGGAAGUCAGCUUGAACUUCGUUUACGAGCAGAUCACCACCGGCACCGAUGAGCCCAUCGCUCCGAUGGAUGCCAUCAAACGCCGGGGUGGUGCUGCUGAGUGGGUUAGUGCGGCAGAGGAUAAGUGUGAGCCCUAUGCGAUCGAUGUGGUCGUGGUUCACACCCCGCCCUGCGGUACGACCGAAUCGGAAACGACUACGUUUCCCGACUUCCGCAGCGAGAGCCGCGAAGUCAGUUUCCGGGACGCCAAUAUCGCGAUCUCGGGCCGCUGCAAUGCGACCGAGCCGAUUGUUGAGCGUGACGAAUUCGACAAUCUGUGUCCGGCCCCCAAAGCACCGGUGAAAACGACCAAGAAUGGUGCGGAACCGGAUACCGAAGACGACAAUUACAAGAAGUCGAUGGAGGUCCACAACAGGAAGUGGCUGUCCUACCUCGUGAUCAAGACGUUGGAGCCCUCGGACAUCGAGUGGGAUACCGUCGAUCUUGGUGAGCCCUCGACUUGGGUCAAGUGGCAGGAUGAACUGAAGGCGAACAACUUCUGCCAGGCCGAAUGCAACCGCAUUCUCCAGUUCUGUCUGGAAGUGAAUUCGCUCGAUGAGGCCAAGUUGGAUAAGGCCCGUGAGUCUUUUCUACAAGGUCUAGUGAAGGCACCCAGAAUCAAUCUCACGAAGUACCGUAAGCAAUUACAGACGGAGUUGGGCGAGGCACUAGCGGAGGCCACGUUUCGCUGGUUGAGCGAGACGGCGGACAAGAUUCCUGUCUACAGCGGUGCGUCGAAAGCGACCUUCAUUCCUUUGGCGAAUGAAAUCUCCCUUCAGCUUGCCAUUGCCCCGAUUGUGCGGAGCCGUAUUCCGUUGGGUCUGGCCCAUGGGGACGGCGAAAUCAUCACCGACCCCGUGAGUGGUCGCUUCACGUUCACGUACUACACCGAUCUCUUUUAUCUCGUCUACAACGAAUACCACAACGCCAACCUAGUCGGGUUCCAUUUGCGGAACCCUGGUCCCUACCGCUUUCAAGAGGCGGGUCGUAAGGCGUUCGAGGAAUUCUCGGAGACCGUUCGUCUCCCCAAUCCCUUCAAGCAGAUGGUGCUCAACACGAUCACCGUUCGCUAA